AGGGUUCAGAAGGGACACAUCAUGCCCCUGCUCACAGCUGCCCCUGUCUUCGUCGUCCUCCUCCUCCUCUUCCUCAUGUGUGUGAGCAGCAGCGAGCAGCAGAGUGGGGUGAAGACCAUCAGAGUAGGGGUUCCAGAUCCACUCAGGCUCCCAAAGCUUCCUUGGACACCUGGAAGUGACAAAGCCCUCAUAGUCGAGGAGGAUGGAGCCUAUACUCAUAAAAGACACCCCCUGCUGGCCGGACAGGGGAGCAGCAAUGUGAGCAGACCCGAGCAUGGAGAGACUACACAGACCAGAACCUGCAGGAUUACAGGGAUUCUUCAAGGAAACCGCUACAACGGAAAGCUAAGCAAAGCCCCAGCGCAGCUCAUUUUUGAUAUGGACUCUUGCAGAGGCAAACACAGACGGAUAAGAAACGCAACGCUGAUGCUUGUCUUCCACCGAAAUUUUAACACAAGCUGCAACUUUUUACUGAGGACUGGUUCCAGCAGGCCACCUCACGGAAGAACACACCCGCAUUUUAAACAAACGUUAAAUGUGAGAAAAGGACAGAAAGCAUCACCCUGCAGAGUGAAAUACAACAUCAGAAAAACAGCGAAGUGGUGCCUGGCGCAUCCACGGGGAGCUUGCAUCCUUGGACUCGAGCUUCCCCGUGAGAUCGCCGGGGAUGAAGUUUGGGGUGAGGCGGUGAUCGACGGAUCGCCCGCGACGGCAGAAAGCCGCACCCGGCGGCAGGCGGUCUCAGAGAUCUGCGACGAGACCGAGCCUCACUGCUGCCGACGGACCAUGCGCGUGUCCUUCCAGGACAUCGGAUGGUCGGAAUGGAUAAUGGCCCCGAAGGAGUACGAUGCGUAUUACUGCGGGGGCAGCUGCCCGCCCAAACACAGAGCCGCCAGCGCGCACACCAAAGUCAAGAUGAAGAUGCAGCAGAUCUCCCGCGGCGCCACCCCCCAAACGUGCUGCGUGCCGGCAGCGUACCGGCCGUUGACCGUCAUGACGUUCAACAGUAAGGGCCAACUAACGCUGUCUGUGCUGGAGAACAUGAUUGUGUCUGAGUGUAAAUGCACAUGACAGUCUCACCAGAAACCACCUCAAGAACCCUGAAAGCAAAGAGUUCAGUGGAGUUGGUUUGAACCGAUCAAAGAAAUGAACUUAAGAAGGAAUAACACACUCUGUUUUGAAAGAAAUUAGUUGAUGCAUGACUUUAUAUAGUAGAUUAAAUGGUACCAUUGAUGUAUCAUUAAUCUGCUCAGUCAUAAUGAAAAAUUUUGAAAGUUUUGUACUACCCCCAAAUAAAGCAGUAAAUUCUGGAAAAUGAGACAAAGGAGCUGUGUGACAUUGAGUGAGUUUACAGAACAUUUUGACAUAAUUUGCUUUAGGACUGAAACCUUUCCCUGAUGCAUCCAUCACUUCAGAUGUUAAAUGGGAGCUCUCAAAGUAAAUGAGCAAUUUAUUACAGAUUGUUUGGUGCAGUUGAGAUUGCUGCACCAAAUUGGUUCAAAGGGCAGAUAUUCACAAAACUA